AUGUAAUAAGAAAAUGUUAAGGAUUAAUUAGAAUGCCAAACUCUAAAGGAAUUCGAAAGAGAUAUAGGCUAUUAAAAAGAAAUAUCUGAAGAAAAACAUCAAAAUUCAAAUAGUGACUACCUAAAUCUUGAAGAAAAUCAAAACUAUUUUAUUGAUGAUAAUACAGUUUAGUCUGUUUUAAAAAUCUUAAAUAAACUAAAUAAAACUCAACCAUCAUAGAUGAGUUGUAAAAAGAGUACUGAUUUGCAAAUCAAUAUUAAAGAAAGAUUUUACAGUCAAUUUUUAAAACUUCGUUUAGAGAAUAUUUAAAUUCCUUCAUUAAUAAAUAUUUGUUAAAGCUUAGGUUAAUUUAAAAAUAUUUAAGAUAUGUAUCUGUUUAUUGAUUUAGAAAUUAACUCUUAACUUGAAAUUGACUUGUUAGAUUCAAUUAAUAAACUAGAAAAACUCUAAUCUAUGCUUUUUUACUUUGAAAGCAAAAUUUAACUAUUAGAUAACAAUAUAGUCAGAAUAUAGAUUUUAAAGAGAUUGGGAGAAUGA